GGCUUUACACAGAGCAGACCGAGGGCUCGCGUCGUUUUCCAUUUUAUAUCUUUAUUCUCUCUCUUCAUAUCUGUGCGUUUCUUUAUAUCUUCUCUUCUGGUUGGUACUAGUGCCUUUUUGGUUACUUCGAUUUAGGGUUUGUGUUAAAGGAAGGCGUUCCAAGUUUUUAUCAUGGUGAGGAAGAGGAGAACCGAGCUUCCUAGUGGCGGGGAGAGCUCUAUGCCCCAGGAAGGCAGUGGAGGACGUGGUACUGGUGCACAACGUCCACCAGCACAACAACCACAACCACAACGUCCACCAGCACAACAACCACAACCGCAACCACAACAACCACAACAGCAGCAGGGAUUUGGACACCAAGGAGGAGGAAGACCAUGGGGUCCUUCCCAAUCUCAGUAUGGAGGUCGUGGAGGAUAUGGUGGCCGUGGUGGUGGUGAUCAGCGUGGUGGAAUGGCAUCUCAGCAGUAUUAUGGUGGCCACCCUGAAUAUCAGCAAGGCAGGGGGAUCCAGCAGCAGCCACCACGAGGAGCACUGCCCCAGCAGGCUGGUGGCCGUGGUAUAGGACCUGCUGCUGGCGGAGCAUCUAGGCCACCAGUUCCCGAGCUGCACCAAGCAACCAAUACUCCGCAUCAGGCUGGCCUGACCACUCCGCCAAUACCAUAUGCUGAGGCCAGUUCUUCGUCCCGUCCACCUGAACCAAGCAGUUUACAAGUGACACAGCAAUUUCAGCAGGUUUCUAUCCAGCAAGAAGCGCCGCCUUCCAGCCAGGCAAUUCAACCUGCCCCUCUUUCAAGCAAAUCAAUGAGGUUUCCUCUUCGACCCGGUAAGGGUAGCACCGGUAUGAAGUGUAUUGUCAAAGCUAACCAUUUUUUUGCGGAAUUGCCAGACAAGGAUUUGCACCAGUAUGAUGUUUCCAUCACUCCCGAGGUUACAUCGCGCGGAGUCAACCGUGCUGUGAUGGAACAGCUGGUGAAACUUUACAGGGAAUCUCAUCUUGGAAAACGGCUUCCUGCAUAUGACGGAAGAAAGAGUCUUUAUACAGCAGGACCUCUUCCUUUUGUUACAAAAGAGUUCAGAAUCACUCUAAUUGAUGAAGAUGAUGGAUCAGGCGGUGCCAGGAGAGAGCGAGAAUUUAAAGUCGUCAUCAAAUUGGCUGCACGUGCUGACUUGCACCAUUUAGAAAUGUUUUUACAGGGGAGGCAGGCAGAUGCACCUCAAGAAGCUCUUCAGGUUUUGGACAUUGUUUUGCGGGAGUUGCCUACAAACCGGUAUUGUCCUGUGGGCCGUUCAUUUUAUUCCCCAUUGUUGGGGAGAAAGCAACCAUUGGGUGAGGGAUUGGAAAGUUGGCGUGGUUUCUAUCAGAGUAUUCGCCCAACUCAGAUGGGGUUGUCGUUGAAUAUUGAUAUGUCUUCAACUGCGUUCAUUGAGCCAUUACCUGUUAUUGACUUUGUGACUCAGCUUCUUCCUCAUAUUUCUUCCAGACCUGUGUCUGAUGCUGAUCGUGUGAAGAUAAAGAAGGCUCUGAGAGGAGUUAAGGUUGAAGUUACUCACCGUGGAAAUAUGCGUAGAAAAUACCGUAUAUCUGGUUUAACAUCUCAGGCAACACGAGAACUGACCUUCCCUGUUGAUGAAAGAGGUACAGUGAAAUCUGUGGUUGAGUACUUCCAGGAGACCUAUGGUUUUGUUAUUCAACAUACCCAAUGGCCUUGCCUACAAGUUGGAAAUCAGCAGAGGCCAAAUUAUUUACCUAUGGAGGUGUGCAAGAUUGUGGCGGGUCAGAGGUACUCCAAGAGGUUGAAUGAAAAACAGAUUACUGCUUUAUUGAAGGUGACCUGUCAGCGCCCUCAAGAAAGAGAGUAUGAUAUUCUUCAGACAGUGCGUCACAAUGCUUAUGCUGAUGACCCCUACGCAAAAGAAUUCGGAAUUAAAAUCAGUGAGAACUUGGCCUCAGUUGAAGCUCGAAUUCUGCCUCCUCCAUGGCUUAAGUACCAUGACACGGGUAGAGAGAAGGAUUGUCUGCCUCAAGUUGGUCAAUGGAACAUGAUGAACAAGAAAAUGGUUAAUGGCGGUAUAGUGAAUAAUUGGAUCUGCAUAAAUUUUUCACGAAAUGUACAAGAUGGUGUGGCCCGUGGUUUCUGUCAUGAGCUCGCCCAAAUGUGCAACAUUUCUGGCAUGGCAUUUAAUCCUGAACCUGUUCUCCCGGUACUCGGUGCCCGUCCUGAUCAAGUAGAAAGAGUUUUGAAAGCUCGAUUCCAUGACGCUAUGACUAAACUCCAGCCCCGUUCCAAGGAGCUUGACCUGCUAAUUGUCAUUUUGCCAGAUAAUAAUGGAUCGCUUUAUGGCGAUUUGAAACGUAUUUGUGAGACAGAUCUGGGAAUUGUGUCUCAGUGCUGUUUGACAAAGCAUGUAUACAAAAUGAGUAAGCAAUAUCUUGCAAAUGUGGCUCUGAAGAUUAACGUGAAGGUUGGAGGAAGGAAUACAGUUCUUGUUGAUGCACUAUCAAGGCGCAUACCACUAGUCAGCGAUCGGCCUACUAUCAUUUUUGGUGCUGAUGUUACCCAUCCUCAUCCUGGGGAGGAUUCAAGCCCGUCUAUUGCGGCCGUGGUUGCUUCCCAAGAUUGGCCGGAGGUUACAAAGUAUGCUGGCUUGGUUUGUGCUCAAGCACAUCGACAGGAGCUGAUUGAAGAUCUGUUCAAGUCUUGGCAAGAUCCUGUAAGGGGACUUGUUUCUGGUGGCAUGAUCAAGGAACUUCUCAUUUCUUUCCGCCGAGCAACUGGGCAGAAACCACAACGCAUUAUAUUUUACAGGGAUGGUGUCAGUGAGGGGCAGUUCUAUCAAGUUUUACUUCACGAACUUGAUGCUAUUCGAAAGGCCUGUGCACAUUUGGAACCAAACUAUCAGCCUCCUGUUACAUUUGUUGUGGUUCAGAAACGGCACCACACAAGGUUGUUUGCUAACAACCAUAACGACAGAAGAGCUGUUGACAGGAGUGGAAAUAUACUGCCUGGUACAGUUGUGGAUUCGAGGAUAUGUCAUCCCACUGAAUUUGACUUCUAUCUAUGCAGCCAUGCUGGCAUUCAAGGUACGAGCCGGCCGGCCCAUUACCACGUAUUAUGGGAUGAGAACAACUUCACAGCUGAUGGGCUGCAAUCACUCACGAACAAUCUUUGCUAUACAUAUGCGAGGUGCACACGAUCGGUCUCAAUUGUUCCUCCUGCAUACUAUGCUCAUCUGGCAGCUUUUAGAGCUCGUUUCUAUAUGGAACCAGAGACAUCUGAUAGUGGAUCCAUGACAAGUGCAGCAGCUGGUCGUGGAGGCAUGGGUGUUGGAGGUUCAUGGAGCACACGGGUACCUGGUGGUCCUGCUGCCGCAGUGAGACCCCUUCCUGCCCUCAAAGAGAACGUGAAGAGUAAAAUGUUCUACUGCUAGGUUUUGGAUUUAUGGGAGAGAUCAAAACUCUAUUUCUGCCUUGGAGCGUAAUCAUAAUUAAACCAUGAUGUGUGUUGUUAAAGUUCUGCUAGUUUGCAAUGAGUUUGUUUUGUAUUUAAUUAAACUGCAUUGAAGUCGUUACCAUGACUUGCUUCUGUAUCAGCAGCUCUUGCUGCAAUUGCAUAUGGGUGAGAUGAUUUGACAUGUGCGCUUCUAUAUUUGGGGUUUAAUAUAGAAAAUGUUUUUGUGGGAUGAUGAAAGCUAAGGAACAUCAUUUAGAGUCCUUUUUCUUGGUUUCA